AUGGAAUCUGGGUGGUGGUGUCUGCUAGGAGUAUUACGAGCUAUCAAGCGUAGUGGUUACAAACCGUACUUUCCACUAGCUGCUGUAAAUUGGACUAAUGAAGAAGGAGCUCGAUAUCUGAAAAUGUGCAUGAGCUCUGGCGUUUGGUGUGGGCAAUUAUCGCCUGAUGAGAUUCUCAAACUUAAAGAUAUCGAUGGAAAAAAAGUCCUGCUGGAAUUGGAGGCUAUUGGGUACAAUGGACCCAUAGCGCCUGAUCACAAGGUUAACAAAUUGAGUGCUCACUUUGAAUUGCAUAUUGAGCAGGGUCCAAAACUCGAGGAGAUGUUGGCGCAUGAAGGCGGCAGUAUUGGUAUAGGAAUCGUACAAGGAAUCCAAGCCAUGAGAUGGUACCAAGUUGAAAUAGAGGGACAAGAAGGACAUGCUGGAGCGCUCGAAAUGGUCAGAAGACACGAUGCAUUGGUUGCAGCUUCUAGAUUAGUCUUGGACCUCGAUGAGGCAGCUAGAGCGACGCAAAGUGUUGCAACCGUUGGUAGGCUCAUACCAAAGACGAUCGCUCCAAACACAAUAGUGGGAAAGGUUGACUUGAUAUUCGACUGUAGGGCAAUUAAAGAGUCCCAGUUAGACUCGAUCAUUCAAAAGGUUGAAAGUACAAUUAAAUCACUAUCGCAAGAUGGAGGUUAUCAUAUUGAAAUGCGUCAAAUUUGGGCCCACAAAGCUGUAACUUUCAACGAAGAUUGCAUUGCAGCAGUUGAGGAAGUACUUGAAACAAGACCAGACAUCCCAACAUUAAAAAUGUUUAGCGCUGCUGGUCAUGAUAGCGCAUCAACGGCUUCUGUAGUUCCCACUACAAUGAUCUUCGUGCCUUCUGUGGGGGGAAUUUCCCAUAAUCCUGCCGAGUUCACAACUAAGGAUCAAUGUAAAGCUGGUGCAGAAGUCUUACUCGAAUCAGUGUUGGGCUACGACAAAAAACUAAAAGCAUCGAUGGAGGCACCGGGAAAUCAGAUUGAGAAAGGUACAUAA